AGCGAGCUAAGAUGUCAGAGCCGGAUGCGCGGACCACCAUUCUGGGUUCUUCUGUCUUUAAGUUCAGAGUCGACUACGAGCAAAGUAAGCAGCUUCCCAUCGGGGAGGCCGUCCACUCCGACGUCGUCUCGGCUGGGGGACACCUCUGGAGGAUUGAGUUUUACCCGCGAGGACGUGCUGUCGAAUGCAAAGGCGAGUAUACUUCUAUCUUCCUCAGGCUCAUAAGCAAAUCCAGUAGUGUCAAGGCCAUCUUCGACACUUUCAUGAUAGAUAGGGACGGCAAACUAUCUACUACAUGGGUGGACCUACAACGGUUAUGUAGAACCUUUGAAGAAGAUAAAGUUGACUGGGGAUGGUAUCAGUUCGAGGAGGUUACUAUUGUGGAGAAAAAAUUCUUAAUAGAAUGGCACUUCACAAUCAUGAUCAUCGAUGACAGUCCUAUUCCAGUCCCCCCUUCAGACAUCAGCGCCCAUAUUGGCCGCCUGCUAGAUCAUACUGAUGGGACAGAUGUCUCAUUUGUCGUUGACGGUGAGACAUUCCCUGCUCACCGAGCGGUUCUUGCUGCCCGCUCACCUGUCUUCAAAGAAGAGCUCUUCGGUUCCAUGGCCAAGGCUACAAUGUCGUCCAUCACGCUGCACGACAUCACACCUGCAACAUUUAAAACUAUGUUACGGUUCAUAUACACAGAUGAAUUGCCCGCAGAAGACGAGCAUCAGGACUCUUCCACUGAGAUGAUUCAGAAUCUACUCGCUGCAGCCAAUCGGUAUGCGCUUGACAGGCUGAAGUUUAUUUGUGCCCGGAAGCUAUGGGAUAAAGUGUCGGUAUAUACAGUUGCAACUAUCUUAGCUUGCGCUGAAACCUACAACUGCCAAGAGUUGAAAAAAGAGUGCAUGGACUUCUUUGUGCUGGAGGAAAAUUUCAAGGAGGCUGUUUUCACUGAUGGUUAUGCAUCGGUUCUAAAAUUCCCAUUGAUCGUUGCUGAGCUCAAAAGGAUGUGUCGAGCCAGUGAGCUCAAAAGCAGGCGAACCGUCGCCACUACCCGCAGCUCUCGAGCUCGAGCCAGUGAGUGCCCUCUUGUGCUCUAUCUCGAUUCCGCGGAUUGA